AACAGGGGCGGACUGACCACUCGGGCACUGCCGGAGGGCCCAGGGACAGUAGGGGGCCCCAUGAGAUACCCCUGGUACCUUUCAUAGGCUUUUUUGGUUUUGGGCAAGGACACAGGGACCCCAUGAUCCCCUAUUGCCCGGGGGUCCCAUGAGUUGUCAGUCCGCCCCUGCCCUCCUGCCUGCAUACUUGUGUAGUUUCUCUCUUGUGCCUAGAUUUAUAUCAGACAUCUGCAGUUAUUACCAGGGGCGGACUGAC